AUGGAUAUGAACAUAACGUCUUCUUUAUCAAGUUCAUAUCAACAUGAUGUGGCUUCUUAUGUAGCCGGCUCGAUCUCUAUUGCUUGUUGGAUUGUGGUUCUAGUCCCACAGCUCUACACAAAUUACAGACUAAAAUCCGGCGAAUCGCUUUCAACGACAUUUCUUUUAAUUUGGUUUGCAGCAGACGCAUUAAACUUGGCUGGCGCCAUCAUACAAAAUUUAUUGCUCACAAUGAUCGUCCUUGCUUUUUACUAUAAUCUUACCGACGUCAUCUUACUAUGUCAAGUGUAUUAUUACCGAUUCGGACGACGACCCUCAAAAGAAGAUGAAGAACUAGUUUAUGCAACCGAAGAAACGCCACUAGUUCCACAGCAUCAUCAUCGACCUGCAUCAAUGAUCGGACAUGAAUCAUCUUACAACGCCACUAACGUCAGCAUCGAUGACGAAAAUUACUAUCAUCAAAAUAAUAUACUAAUCGAAUUAUUUGCCUCAUUACUCUGUGUUGUGGUCACGGGUUUAGUCUCAUAUUAUCAUUACUCGGCUGUUGAAGAGAAUAUCAUCGGAGAUAAUUCGAUUAUGAACAGAUUUGCUGUGCUAAAUCCAUCAAAAGAAACGUCGCCUUCUCCGAGUAUGAUUUUGCUGGGACAGAGUCUUGGGUGGGGCAGUGCAGUUCUUUAUCUUGGUUCCCGAAUUCCUCAAAUUGUAAUGAACGGUAAAAACCGGUCCUGCGAGGGUUUAUCACUUACAAUGUUCUUUUUUAGCGUUUUAGGGAAUCUUACGUACUGCUUGUCAAUAUUAUUUCACUCGGUAAAACGCGAAUUCAUAUUAAAUCAUCUUCCAUGGCUAAUUGGUAGUGGGGGAACUUUACUUUUUGAUUUCAUGAUUUUUGUUCAAUUCUAUCUCUAUCGAAACAGUCAACCACAACGACGAAACCGACGUUCAUCAAUAACAUCAACAUCUUCGCCGACAUCAAUGGGAAAAGCUGUUGAUAUUAAACAAAAAUCAGAGCCCAUAUCAUCGACAUCAUCUCCACCGCCAUCAUACUCGGAGAUAGUCUAA